UUGUUAAUUAUCACCUCACGAGGUAUCUCGGAGCACCAGCUGGUUGUUGAUGGCCAGUACGGUUUCCGCUGGAAUGAUAUGGAAGAAGCGUGGAUAGACCCUCCUCUGGUGCUAAUCCCAAUGAUGCCGUGGAAGGGCAGGCCCGCGCAUUGUUGCGACUCGAAUCUCCAUCCGUCUGAGUUUCGAAGCAGUCCUGACCGAUCAUCCCCACCGCUGUAUGAAGUCGAACUGACAGCUUCCGAUGAAGACGACGACAAUUCAGUUCUUGAGUUAGUUAUACCAAUGCAGACUUCGCGUUACAAACGAGUGCCCACAUCUUCACCAACAAAGGCUACAUUUGCAGCUCCGAAGGUAUUUUGCAAGAUGUUUUGUUGUUUUCGUAAUUAG